AUGGCUCACAGAUUGCUUGUAAAUGUGAUAUUUACCGGUGCUUCGGUAUUUGGUAGAGCAUUCACGGAGGCAUACAAACAAGCAGCCAAGGCGUCAGCUGCAGGCGCUGCUGCCGGUGGGCCAGCCAAAGCUGCCUCUCAAGGAGGAAUAUCCACCGAGGAAGCAAUGAAGAUAUUGGAUCUAGAGAAGAACGAGGUAUCCAUUGAUAAGCUAGAAGAAAAGUACAACUACUUGUUUGAUGUCAACUCGAAAGAGAAAGGUAACUCAUUUUACCUUCAAAGUAAGGUAUAUUACGCGAUGGAUACAUUGAAGAAGGAGCUAGAGUAUUUAGAGAAGUUGAAGGAAAACAAGAAUGGGGCGGCGUCUAGUUGA